AUGGCCCUAGUUGAAGCCUUCUGGCCAUCUCUUUGCCUGACUCUUGUGGUGCUGUCUCUUCAGCUCCCUCCAUCACUUCCUCAUGCUUCUUUUGUAUUUGGGGAUUCUCUCGUGGAUGCCGGAAACAAUGACUAUAUCUUUACCCUCUCCAAAGCUGAUUCGCCUCCUUAUGGCAUCGACUUUGCUCCUUCUGGUGGUCGACCCACAGGAAGAUUCACUAAUGGCAGAACCGUAUCAGACAUCAUAGGUCAAGCUAUGGGAGACAGCUCUUUCCCUCCAGCCUACCUAGCCCCAAAUACCAGCAGUAACAUAUCUAGUGGAAUUAACUAUGCUUCGGGUUCUUCUGGAAUCUUAGACGAGACCGGAUCUUUAUUUAUUGGCAGGGUACCGUUGGGUCAGCAGAUAAAUUAUUUUGAGGAGACUCGAGGUUUCAUGGUUGGAGUGGUAGGAGAGAAUGCUACAGCCGAGUUCUUAAAGACUGCAAUAUUUUCUGUAACAUCAGGGUCCAAUGACAUCUUGAACUACCUUGAACCCUCCAUACCUUUCCUUGGUAAAGAAAAGGUGGCCCCUGCAGUUCUUCAGGAUAUUAUGGUCUCCAACUUGACCUUACAUCUCAAGCACCUGCAUGAAAUAGGGGCCAGAAAGUUCAUUGUGGUUGGAAUUGGACCACUUGGGUGCAUACCAUAUGUUCGUGCUCUAAUGUUAGUCGAAAAUGGGAAGUGCUCAUCGAUUACGAAUAACUUAAUUCAAGGUUAUAACAUGAAGUUGAGCAGGAAGAUUAGCCAGCUAAAUCAAGAGAUGGGGCCUGAAACGAUAUUUGUUUAUGCUAAUUCCUAUCAAAUUGUUAUAGAAAUCAUUCGGAACUAUCGUCGAUAUGGGUUUGAGAAUGUAAAUGAUCCCUGCUGUGGUGGCAGCUUACCCCCAUUCCUUUGCUUCAGAGGACCUGAUGCCAACUCAAGUUCUAUUGUCUGUAAAGAUCGAUCUAAGUAUGUGUUUUGGGAUGCAUACCAUCCAACAGAAGCGACCAAUAUAAUCAUCGCAAACAGACUACUUAAUGGUGAUUCUAGUGUUGCUUAUCCUGUCAAUGUUCGAAAAUUGUACGAGUAUGCUACCUAA